GUCGCCUCUCUCAAUAUGUCCGCAGACCGGAAGCGGGCCUUACGGCCCCUCCCCUUCCGGAAGCAGCUGUCAGGGUGUCCGCUCAGAGGGCGCAAGAUGGCAGCGGGUUCUGUGACCGUGGCGGUGGCGGCGGCGGCGGCGGCGGCUGAACGGGCGGCGGGCGCGUCCUUGUCCUUUCGGCGAGGCCCGGCGGGGGCGCUGCGGUUGCUGCAGGUUUGCCGCAGGGCACACGCAGCAGCUGCUGCCGCUGCGCCUGACACACAGACAGCCACUCGCAUUAAGAAGUUUGCAAUAUAUCGGUGGAACCCAGACAACCCCGGGGAGAAACCUCGUAUGCAGACAUAUGAAGUUGAUCUGAACAAAUGUGGACCGAUGGUUCUUGAUGCCCUGAUCAAGAUUAAGAAUGAAAUGGACUCCACCCUGACCUUCCGCAGGUCUUGCAGAGAAGGCAUCUGUGGCUCCUGCGCAAUGAACAUUGGUGGAGGCAACAGUUUGGCUUGUACCACGAGGAUUGACACCGACCUUGGCAAGGUCGCCAAAAUAUACCCUCUCCCCCACAUGUAUGUGGUGAAGGAUCUUGUACCAGACUUGAGCAACUUCUAUGCCCAGUACAAAGCCAUCCAGCCGUAUUUGAAAAAGAAGGACGAGUCCCAGCAAGGCAAAGAGCAAUACCUCCAGUCCAUAGAAGAUCGGGAGAAGCUGGACGGGCUAUACGAAUGCAUCCUCUGUGCCUGCUGCAGCACCAGCUGCCCCAGCUACUGGUGGAACGGAGACAAGUACCUGGGCCCCGCUGUGCUCAUGCAGGCUUAUCGUUGGAUGAUUGACUCCCGGGACGAUUACACAGAGGAGCGCCUAGCUCAGCUGCAGGACCCCUUUUCCCUAUACCGUUGCCACACCAUCAUGAACUGCACAAAGACCUGCCCCAAGGGGCUGAACCCUGGAAAAGCGAUUGCUGAGAUCAAGAAGAUGAUGGCCACCUACAAGGAAAAGGCAGCCAGCGCCUGACAUCCCUUCAGGGCCUUUGCUCCACAGCUCCCCUUGCCGGAAGUUAGCUAACUUAUAUUUGCGGUUUCAGGCCCUGCCCGGUUUGUGUGGGUUUUCUCCACGGGCAUUCAUGUACGAUGAAAGCUUGCAAGGACUAAUAAAAGUCAUUAGCAAAUCUC